AUGUUAAAAGCAAGUUUUAAGAAUGGUGAAAACCUCACAGAAUUUUGGCUCCAGUCUACUAUCAGUCGAAUUUAUCCUGGGCUGUGGACUGUCGUACAAAAAUUAUUAAUUGCCUUCCCUUCCUCUUACCUCGUUGAGCGAGGAUUUAGUGCGAUAACGAAUCUAAUAACUAAAAAAAGAAAUCGACUAGACAUCGUCAAAAGAGGAGACUUACGCCUUCAUCUCACAAACAUUGAACCAAACGUAAAAAAAUUGGCUCUGGAUCACCAAGCACAACCAUCUCACUGA